AUGCCCACUGACUACAUCGGCCUUAAUACAUCACGUGUCAUCGUCGUGCGGAGCGAGACCGCCAUCGCGAAACUAGCAGUGAUGUGCGUCAACAGUAUCGAAUCAAACUAUGAUCUUGAGCCUUAUAAUGCAGACAUAUUGAGUUUCAUUCCUCUUGAACGUGAUCAGAUACUUGCUAGGGGAAUGUUCGAGUGGGGCUAUCAUAAAGUGGGCAUCCUCGAAUUUCAGAGAGAUGAUACGGGGCACGUCGUUGCACUAUGGUGGCAGUUGGAUGAACAUGAUUAUCCAGGUUUGUGGGUGAGAGAAAUCGACGGAAUUGUAGAACAGGAUGUGAAAAGGGUGAUUGAAAAGUUUGUCAGGUUCCGCAAGCCAGAGACAAGCUCCGAUGAUCAACUUGUGACCUCAAGCUUUGUGUUCGGGUGGAUACCCGGGACCAAAUUCUUGUCCUGCUGUCUAGUUUAG